UUAUAAAUACAGUGCGUGACCACUCUAUGAUCAUAAGUCACCAGCAAGUUGUUGUGCAACCACUAUUGUGUGAUACGAUGAUUUCAAAGGUAUUUGUAGUGCUGAGCUGCGUUCUCCUGGCGGUGAUAGCCGAGGAGAAGUACUCUGACAAGUAUGACAACGUAAACUACGUGGAGAUUCUCGAAAACGAGAGACUCAGGCAUGGCUAUGGCAAUUGCUUGUUAGAUAAGGGAAAAUGCACCCCGGAAGGAAAGGAACUUAGAGAAAAAAUGCAAGACGCGCUUGAGACUGGCUGCAAAAAGUGUACCGAUCAACAAUUAGAGGGAACCAAAACCGUCAUUAACUAUCUCAUCAAGCACGACCACCCAUUGUGGAAGGAACUAACUGCCAAAUAUGACCCUGAAGGAAUUUGGAGGCAGAAGUAUGAAGGCUUUGCAAAAGAAAAAGGAAUUGAGAUCCCAAAAGAUUAAAAACGAUGUAUAUCGAUGUGUUAACGAUGUAUAUGAAAACUUGAUGGAAACCGAACCGAAUAAUAUUAUGUUUACCUAUUGAUUUUAUAACACAUAUAUCUAUUUACGAUUUGAUUGAUUUAAAUUUUACAAAUUUCAAAUAAACUACAAUUUUGACAGCAA